AUGCGCCUUUCAUGGGUUUCUUCCGACAAUCGCACCGGCCAUGCACGCGGCCCCGGCCAGGGCGCGAUCGUUGCUGGCAACCGACGAGCACUCAGGUCUACGAACAGUCCAGAGAAGGUCUCGGCGGAGACGGAACAAAAGACGUUGGACGUGAAAAAGAUUCAAAGAGCACUCGGCAAAAAUGCUUCAAAUAAAUCUGCGAAGUCCUCUGGGCCCUUUCAUGUGUUUGAAACCACUCAGGAGACAGGCAAGACAAGGCCCGCUGCGUCCCAACCAAUCCCCGAAGAGCCCAAUAUCUCCUCAAGUGGAACGAAUCAUCAAACGCUUCAACAGGCCUCUGAUACGUUCGUGGAUAUCAUGGAUGCUCCGUUGUCUACAGCUUGUGGAGUUGACUUUGGGAGCUCCUCGACCGAAGCCUACGAUGCACUUCAUCUCGAGCUGUUGGAAGACUCUGGCUGGAAAGAUGCUCAUAUAUCCAGCAACGAUGCUCUAGAACAAUUGGAUUUGGGACAUUUGGCAACGGCUGCAUCGCCAUUCCUAGGCCUUGAGCUUGAGCCAAAUGAGGGGGACGGAUAUCUGGAGACGGUCCCAGGCGACCUUCUCAAACCUCCAUCUUACGUCUUCCCAUCAGCCUUUGCAAUGGAAUCUUUCGACCCUCUUGCCAUGUUUCCAAUCCAACGGCAAUUAAUUCACCAUUGGUCGACACAUCUUUGCAAGAGAUUUUUCGCGGUAGAAAUGCAUGAUAACCCCGUUAUCAACCCGCUGGUGUCAGUUGCUCUCAUGGGCUUCGACACUGGUGCUGAGUAUUUGGAUUGCCGCUUGGCCCUUUUGCAUGCCAUGUGCGCCAUAGCUGCGCACAGUAUGGAUGAGCUUCACGGUGGUAGUCAAAACUUUGGCUUGCUUGCCGCCAGACAUCACCGCGCCGCGCUUCACAUGUCACAGCAAGUCGCUGUAGAACAAACGACCCCAGAUCCUUUUGCCACGACGGGGCUCUUCCUAGUCCUGAUGAUGAUGGACUCGAUCUCGGGUCAAGUUGGGCGGUGGAGAGAGCACAUGAAGUUUGCAAAUCAAUGGCUUUCGGUGUUGGUGUUGACACCACGGUCCCUCACAUCGGAUCAGCAGCGCUUCCUUGAAUUCCUCACCUGCUGUUUCGUGCUUUGCGAUGAGAAUAUCGAUGUCAGCAUCGUUGAGUUUUACCUGGGCAAUGCUCCGAUUAGCUCUAUAAUGAGGAGCACUGGCAUGACUCCUAGCCUUGUAAGCUCCUUUGGGGGCGCGGAAAACGCAAUGAACGACCAGACCAAAGCAUUACCUUGGGCCAAACAUUAUUUUUCAGCCUUUUGUUACGGCAUGCUCAUUUUCCUCAAAAGAAAGUGUAGGAGCAAGUCGCCAGAGAGCCUGCAAGAGCUUGUUGCCCUUGGACUCGUCAAUCUAGAAGCAGCUAUCGAAGCUGGGGGCUCUGAAGCAGGCGUCCCGCCCAUAUGGCCUUACCUCGCCAUUGCAGCAGAAUGUACCAGCCCAGACCUACAGAGCCGUGCUCUUAGGUUGCUCAAGCGCCUGGAUCGAUAUUCAAUCGGGGCUCUAAAACUUGUCCAAGUGGCUUGUGUAUCUGUAUGGGAACAGAGGGCUCUGACUUCCUGGCGUUCAGCGGAUAUACAAUGGCAAGAUGUUAUCAGGGAUGACGAGGUGCUUGAUUUCCCACCUUUAUAG